AACUGCUUGUGUGUAGUUUCUUCCACAACCUACGAAUGUAUGGCGGCGACACAUGUUAGGGGCCUGAAAGCUGCUCUGAAUGCCAACGGAAAGUAUCGCUACAAGACACCAGAGUCGGUCGUGGACUAUCUGGUAAUCGGAGGGGGGGUUGUCGGACUUGCCGUUGCGCAACGUCUUGCUCAGCGAUUCCCGUCCAAGUCCACAUACUUAGUCGAGAGGCACGAAGGACCUGGACAAGAGACAAGUUCGCGCAGUUCGGAAGUGAUCCACUCGGGUAUGUAUUGUCUGUAUUACUUGGAGUAUCGGGAUAUUGAGCGUUCUUUGGAAGGCCUUUAUUACCCUGAAGACUCUUUGAAGACUAAACUAUGCAUUCGUGGUCGGCAACUCAUGUAUGAGAGAUGUGAAAGACACAGGAUCCCUCACCGCAAGCUUGGAAAGUUGGUUGUCGCACAGGAUUCACAGCGCCCUUAUAUCGAACGACUGCAUGACAAGGCUCAGAGACUUAAAUGGCCGCCUCAUUCCGCUCCUCUUGACCGUAGAGCACUACCCACAAAUCUCAUCACUGGUGACGAAGCUCGGGAAUUGGAACCAGAUCUUUCGAAAAAAAUUGUCGCCGCUCUCUGGAGCCCAGAGACCGGCAUUGUCGACUCUCAUUCACUAAUGGAAAACCUUGAGAAAGAAAUCACAGAGUCCGAAGGUGGAGAGCUUGUGUACUCCACGAGGGUUGUCCGGGUUGAUCCAUAUUACGGUUCGUCUCUAGUCCGGGAUCAACCUAGCGGAGAUGCCAGGGAAGAAGGUUGGGUUGUUCAGACGGUGACAGGUGAUCAAGAAGAGAGCGAUCCAUUGUUGGCGAGGACUCUGAUCAACGCAUCCGGUCUAUCCGCAAACGUGAUACUCAAUUCACUGGUGCCGCAGGACCAGCGCAUAGCGAUGUACUACGCUCGUGGUUCAUAUGCAUCUUAUAACGGUUCAGCCGUAUCCCACGUUUCACAUCUCAUCUAUCCUUGUCCAGGAACCGGCAGAGUAGAACAUGGUUUCCAAUCCCUCGGCACUCAUCUUACGCUUGACAUGCAAGGGAAAGUGAGGUUUGGACCAGACUUGGACUGGCUGAACCCGCUAGACGAGUCAAACCCAGACUUUUGGGAGAAGCAUCUGAUACCGGACGAGACGAGGCUGAGGUUGAUGCACGAGGCAGUAACAGAGUAUCUACCAAACGUCACUUUUGAAGGGCUUCAACCGGAUUACUGUGGCAUAAGACCGAAGCUCGUCGGCCCACAGGGCGGUUUCCAGGACUUCGUAUUUCGCAAGGAUUAUCCACAUUCCUUUACAGGCGCUGUCACUGGUAGUAGCACAAACCGCACGAACCCUAUGAUCAGCUUAAUGGGUAUUGAGAGCCCCGGGUUGACAUCGAGUUUGGCCAUCGCGGAACACGUUGUGGAUGACAUAUUGUGUGAUGCAGAAGGGCACAGAGACUCGUAGAGGAAGAUGUAAAUUGAGCUUGUUAACUACAUAGACAUCUACGCAGAUGGACCUCCUCUUGACAUGAGCUUUGGCUGCCACGGCUGAACUUUCGGCACUGUGGUGUUGUAUGUCUUGAAAGCACCCGGGGUGCCGGUCAAGUUCUCAAGCCAGGGCUGCAUACAGUGUUACAGCAGAGCAUAUUGACGAUAGGCGCGAAAUUACUUACGCCCUUCCACGGAGGUGACAGAUUCUGCAUCACACGGUCUUCAGGAGGAGGAUCCUUGCGAAUAUGCGAGAGCCAUGAGUGCCACUCGGGAGGAACUUGGGUAGCAUUAUAAUCAUGCUGCAAGGGAAUGUAUUGAAUCAUAAAUGAAGGAGAGCCAUUACGUUGUCCAGCGCACCUGAGCUAAGUCGACCCAUCGGUGACGACCUAAGGCAGAUGUAAAGCAUUGUACGGACAUACGCCACUGGAUACAUACCAGGAAUUUCCUCCUCAGGAUUCAAGUUCUCGUAGUAGCGGUUACCAAACCUAAGCAAGGAGGAUUUGAAUCCGUAGCAAUGCAAUUGGAGGGUUGUACUCACUGAUCUGCCCCAGCAAAUCUACCAGACUUAGCGUCUCCAAUAUAUUGCAACUGCCUCC